AUUAACAAGAUGCCAAACAAUUAGAGACAUUAAUUAGCAUAAUUUAUAUCGUCACAUUACUAAUAUAAAUACCCUUUGAAUUAAACAUCUAUUAUCAUAUUGUAAGAGAAAUUAUGGAGUUGAUAGCAAUUAGACAAGUUUGUGUUGUGUUCCUAUGUACAAUGUUUCUCUCUCAUGUGUUAGGAGAGAGGUCUAGUUAUAUUGUCCACAUGGACAAAUCUUUGAUGCCUAAAGCAUUUGCUAGCCACCACCAUUGGUAUUCUUUCACCAUCAAUUCCUUAAAGAAAUCCUCCAAAUCUCUUCACCGCCAUCGAAAACCGCUCGAACUAGUUUAUACUUACGACAAUGCGUUUCACGGAUUCAGUGCAGUGUUGUCGGAAGACGAACUCGAAUCGCUUGGGAAUUCCCCGGGGUUCGUCUCGGCUUAUAGUGAUAGAAAUGUGACGCUCGACACUACUCAUACGUUCGAGUUCCUGUCUCUGAAUCCCGACGCGGGCCUUUGGCCCGCGUCGGAUUAUGGGAAAGACGUCAUUGUCGGUGUUAUCGACACUGGCGUCUGGCCCGAAAGUCUCAGCUUCAAAGACGAUGGUAUGACGGAGAUUCCGACGAAAUGGAAAGGAAUAUGCCAAGCGGGGCAAGAUUUCAAUUCCUCGUUGUGUAAUAAGAAGCUCGUCGGAGUGCAGUACUUCAGCAAGGGUGUUGGAGCUUCGAAUCCAAAUAUAACUCUGACCAUGAAUUCCGGGAGAGAUACCGAGGGCCACGGGACCCACACGUCGUCUACUGCUGCCGGAAAUUACGUGGAGGGAGCUUCGUUCUUUGGUUAUGCUUCCGGCACUGCGAGAGGAAUUGCGCCUCGUGCACGCGUGGCGAUGUAUAAGGUGAUUUGGGACGAAGGGCGGUAUGCUUCCGAUGUUCUUGCCGGUAUGGACAAGGCCGUCGCCGAUGGCGUUGACGUAAUUUCGAUCUCGAUGGGGUUCGAUGGGGUUCCUCUGUAUCAGGACCCGAUCGCUAUAGCUUCCUUCGGUGCCAUGGAGAAGGGUGUGCUCGUUUCUUCCUCUGCAGGAAACGAGCACGCCAUCGGGAGUUUGCAUAACGGGAUUCCGUGGGUGUUGACCGUUGCGGCGGGGUCCAUCGAUCGUUCCUUUGCCGGAGGGUUGACUUUAGGGAACGGGGCGACAAUCACGGGGUGGACUAUGUUCCCCGGGCCGGCUCUCGUAGCCGAUUUGCCACUCGUAUACAACAAAACGCUAUCUUCUUGCAAUUCGAGCGUGGCCUUAUCGAGUGUUGCAUACGGAACUGUAGUCAUCUGCGAAAACGGCUUCAUUUGGGAUCAAAUGAAUCACGUCUCGAUGUCGAAAGCCUCCGCGGCCAUCUUCGUGUCCGACGAUCCCGACAUUUCAACUUUCAGCGACUUUACGUUUCCGGGGGUGGUGAUCGGCACUAUUGACGCUCCGACCGUGAUAAAUUACGCCACAAAAGGGUUUAAGCCAUCAGCUAGUAUCAGCUUUCAGAAGACGAUAGUGGGGACAAAGGGGGCCCCCUACGUGGCUUCGUACACUUCACGUGGGCCCGCUCCGAGCUACCCGGGCAUUCUGAAACCCGAUAUCAUGGCACCGGGAUCAUUGGUCUUAGCUUCUUGGAUACCAAAUACACAAACGGCUUCUAUCGGCACGAACAUCGCCCUCACUAACGAUUUCGUUGCAGUUUCCGGAACGUCUAUGGCUUGCCCGCACGCUUCGGGCAUUGUCGCGCUUCUUCGUGGGGCCCACCCGGAGUGGACCCCGGCAGCUAUCCGCUCGGCCAUGAUGACGACAGCGAAUCCGUUGGACAACACGAACAACUAUAUCAGGGAUUCGUAUUUCAACUACGAAACCGCGACCCCACUAGCGAUGGGAGCGGGUCAAGUCGACCCGAACCGGGCGCUGGAUCCGGGGCUAGUGUACGAUGCUGCUCCGCAAGACUACGUGAAUCUUCUCUGCUCGAUGAAUUUCACUUCGAAUCAAAUCGCCACGAUCACGAGAUCGAGCUACAAGUGUUCGAACCCUUCUUCGGAUUUGAACUACCCUUCGUUUAUUGCGUUGUACGCGACGAACCAAACGACGGGCGGUUUGGUUCGGAAGUUCGAGAGGACGGUGACGAAUGUUGGUGGUGAUAGUGGUUCGUACAAGGUUCAAGUGAUUGCGCCGAGUGGAUCAAAAGUGAGUGUUGAUCCGAGUAAUCUGGUGUUUGGUAAGAAGUACGAAAAACAGAGUUAUUCCGUUACCGUUGAGUAUAACGGUGACAAAAGUGGAGGGGUUACAUUUGGUUCGAUAACUUGGGUUGAAGAUAACGGCAAACACACCGUGAGGAGUCCUAUUGUGGUUUCCCCUAUGAUUCCUGUCUGGUGAAUUGUUUGUUUAACUGCAGAAUAACUGUAGCCGCCAUUAUUCUGACAUGAAGAAAACGUGUUUUGACUUUUUUGAAUGCAAGAGUUGUCAUUUAUAAAUGACAAUUAUUAGUUAUAAUUUAUAACACACCUACAA